UGUGUGCGCUGUACCAUCCCCACCCCUCGUUCACGAGUAUAAAAUGUUGUAACCCCCGACGCGCUCUUUUUUUUAGCUGCAUGGUCCGUUUAAGAAGUAAUGAUGUUGGUGGUGUAUGUGUCAGUGCUACUAGUGCUGUUUGCCAGCAUAGUGAGCACUCAGAGUGGUCAAGGCCCGUAUGAAAUGGAAGUUUGGAAUAAAGAUGAUCAACCAUUAUGGGAACAACUGUCCACACUGCAGGAGGAGAUGGAGAGCCUGAGACGUGAACAAGCCAUAUUAAAACAUAAACAAAAGGCCUUAGACCAAAUGCUGAUCAUCGAUGAGAAUGUGACCUCGUUGAAACAAAGUGGCCGUCCUCAGCUUUUCUCUCCGCCGCACCUUUGGCUGAAUGAGGGGGAUGAAGAUGAUGAAGGUGACGGCAUCCCCAACUAUGACCCUUGCUUCCGCUACAGCAUAUUGGACCAGGCCUGGAGGGCCACCAACUACACAACCAAGAGCGUUAAGUGUGAUCGCCAGGUGAGGUGGCAGGGCUGGUAUCGCCUCUACUACCGGGGAAAGAGCAUCCAGAUGCCCGAGAAGUGCAUCCCGGAGAACCAUUGCGGCACCCAUUCACCGCUCUGGCUCACCCAACCGCACCCAAAUAUACGCGACGGCGUCGUCACUCGAAAGAUGUGCGGGAACUGGAAGAAAAAGUGCUGUGCUUUCCAAUCCAACCCUAUCCAGGUCAAAGCCUGCCGCGGUAACUAUUACGUCUACAGACUCGUCAGACCGACUGCGUGUCAUCUGGCUUACUGCGCAGAUGUUAACACUCUUGUGUGUGGAAGAUGCAGCAGUAACCAAUAUUGUACGAGCAGAGACAGGAUUACUUACAGAUGCGCGGCCAGGAAGAAGAAAAUUAAAAAGCAAGUCAUUCACUUCUUUGCUUCGUACCCGGGGAGCCUCAAGGGAAAGGUGAACCGCAUCAGAUUCAGCAAAGUUCUUGUUAAUGUGGGUGCGGGCUUCAACAAACAAACUGGUGUGUUUCGAGCCCCUGUCUCCGGCGUCUACCAGUUUUAUUUCUCUAGCCAGUCCGGAGGAAGCGGCGGCAAUGCAACCAACUUGUGGCUGGUUAUUAAUGGCUACUGGGUCUCUGUGUCACGUUCAGAUGUCAAAACCUCUGCCUCCAUCGGAAGUCUUAGCACAUACAUGACGACCCUCCGCAAAGGUGCCCAGGUUUAUGUGACUCACGUCACUGGUCAGUCCUGGGCAGACUCUGCAUCUAAUACCAUCACAUUUGGUGGUUCUUUGCUGAUGCAGCGGAGAUUAAAAUAAAGCACAAUUGUCUUGCAUUAAAACUAUUUUCUAUAUUAGGCUAAAUCUUACCUGUAAGGUGGACACAACAUGCGAGUGCAUCUAGAAAAACCCAGCACGCAAGUUUUUGUUGUCUCCAAUGCAUCUGUCCUCAAUGUGUGUAUAUUUUGUCUAUGCUAUUUUGUGUUUCAUUUGAUGCUAUUUUAUUAU